CACAAUUAAAACAACAACUCGGACAUCAAUUAACAUUAAUGUGUUGUCGAGAUUUACUUCCUUUUUCAAUUGUGGAAAAUGAAGGUGUGUGUUUUUAGCAAUUAAAUAUUACCUAUUAAGUCUACUUAUGGUUAAGUUUUCAAGAUUUUUUAAUUUGUAAUAAAGUUGUUAAUUCAAAAGAAGAUAUUCCUUCCCGAACUAUGUUAUCACCCAUUAACCUUAACAAAAUAUACGAUGUAUGUGUUGACAAAACAAAUGAACAGUUAAAAACAGCUUCGCCAUUUCCAACAGUAACAUGUGAUAUUUGAUGUGACAAAUAUAAACAUCGUUCUUACAUUUGUUUCACCAUACAUUAUCUUGAUUCAAAUUUAUAUUUACAUAAAUACAGUUUAAAAAUAGAACCAUUUGAUGGAACACACACUGGAGAAGCUAUAAAAGAUCUAUUUUCUAUUGUUAUGAAUGAGUUUCAUUUAAAUUCAAUUGAUAUAAUUGUAGUGAGUAAAACAUACAUAGAUUUUUUUAAAAUUAUUUUAUAUCUUUCGACUUUUUGAUAGGUUUCUGAUAAAGGUUCAAAUAUGCGUAAAGCAUGGAAACUGUUGAAGGUGAUCCACAUGUAUUGUAUUGCACAUGGAAUUCAUAAUUUGCUAAUGGUCGAUUGUUUUCCUAAAUUAACUGGUGUUCCAGAUUUAUUGAAUAAAGUCCAGACGAUAAUUAGUAAACUUCGUUAUCGUCAACAUGAACUUGAAGAAGAAUUUAUUCGAUUAAAUGAUCAAACAAAAAAUGAUUUAUUACAAGAAAUUGAAUCGAUACUACACAUAAUCGGAAUAGAAUCUUCAGUAAUUGAAGAAUUGAAACUUUUACUAACUCAGAAUCUAGAUAAACGAUUUCCAAUAACACCAAUUAAUACAUGUGCUUUUCUUCUUGAUCCAUCACAAUUGAAAAUCGAUAUUAAUCGUUAUUUAAUUCAAACAAAUACAACACAAACAACCUCAUCAUCAUUAACAUCUUCGUCUGCAACUUCAUCAAGUACAUCUCCUAGUAUAAAACGUAAUCUAUCAGUUGUAUAUACAGGUGAAUCUACACAAAAUAUGAAAAAGCAAGUCUUUUCAACAACAGGUUUAAUUCUAAAUGCUAAAAGAACGAUGUUAGCACCGGAAAAUGUUGGUAAAAUACAAAUGAUUCAUGAUAAUUAUGAUUUACUUAAAAAAGUUUAA